AUGGGCUCCAGCCAAAAGAAGAAAAAUGAAAAGAAGAAAGAUUUCCAGAAAACCAAACUCAAGGUCGGAAAGACAAAGGCCGCACCCUCGAACUUUACAAAUACUAGCUUCAAAUCGAAAUCAAUCGUUUUAAACCAACAGUCACUUUUGGCCGCCGCCCCGUCGGAAUCAUCUCAAUUCACCCAUUCGUUAUCCUUGUUAAGCUCCAAGACGGAUAGCCAAAGGAAAGAGUCAUUAUCCCACCUCGCAACCGCUGUUACAUCACGACCGGUUGACUCCCCCCUUCCACGGCCAGUUGGAGUUAUAUUACCGAUCCUAUUCCCUCUUAUUCUAGAUGGAAAUAACGGAGUUCGAGCGCAGCUACUCAGGCUGUUGAAGGCUCUACCUCAAAAAGACUUGGAAGGGCAUGGGUCGGCGUUCUUACCGUACGUUCGAGCUGGCAUGACACACCUGGCGGCAGAUAUCAGGCUCUCCUCGGUAGAAAUACUAUCCUGGCUAUUGUCUGUUGCUGGGCAGGAAGUGGUAUCUGCCGCGGGAGGCUGGAUUAAAACUUUGAACUGUUUCCUUUCGCUAUUGGGGUGGCACACCGAAGCCUCGACGAAGUGGUCAUCGAAUAAAGCUUCAUUCGGAAAAUCUGGCAGCGAGGGGAAGUUGGCAGCGAGGGUUCUACAAGUCUUUGCUGAGUUCCUUCGUGCAGGGAUCGGCCUUACAGAUGACCCAAAUUUAUCCGGGGAGGGACUAGGAGUGAACGAUGGCGGGGCUUUAUUCCCACUUCGCCAUGUCCAAUAUCAUCUCCUCCCGACCAAGGCGUCACCAUUCGCCUACCUUGACCUAUUCAGCAGCGUAAAAAAGGAAGAAGGUGAUAUGUAUGAAUCUCGCGAGGAUCGAUUGAGAGUCUUCGCGCAACUCUUCCAGGUCCCAGUUGAACGAGGCAUUGAUUCUGCGCGACAAGAUGGUGGUGAAACUGGUCGUGCCUCCGCUGGCGUUAGGAAAAUACUCCGAGAGUGCAACAUGGCUUCUAAGCCAUGA